AAACCUAGAAUUCCAAUUACAAGCUGCAGUCGCAAUGGCCGUUGUAGAGGAGCAGCAGCCGUAUACUUCGCCUGCCGACGACAAAAAGAGGAAGAGGAAGCGGAAGGCAAACCGACCAAACAAAGUUGAUGCUGAAAAAGAGUUGGGUGAGGAAGAUUUGAAGGAGGAAGAAGAUGGGGAGAAGAAGGCGGAGAAAAAGGUCAAGUGCGGGAGUGGGAUUAUGAGUACAGAGUCCUUCGACUCUUUAGGGUUAUCUGAACCUACUCUAAAGGCUAUUCAGGAGAUGGGGUUUCAGUAUUUGACUCAGAUUCAAGCCAGAGCAAUUCCACCCCUUCUAAUCGGCAAGGAUGUCCUUGGUGCUGCAAGGACAGGUUCUGGGAAAACACUUGCUUUCUUAAUCCCAGCUGUGGAGUUGUUAUAUAACAUCAGCUUCACUCCUCGCAAUGGAACAGGCGUUGUUGUCAUUUGCCCAACAAGGGAACUUGCCAUACAGACUCAUGCUGUUGCAAAGGACCUUCUCAAAUAUCAUUCGCAAACUCUUGGCUUGGUCAUAGGCGGUUCUGCUAGAAAAGCAGAAGCAGAACGUAUUGUGAAAGGGGUAAAUUUAUUGGUGGCAACUCCUGGUCGGCUUCUUGAUCAUCUCCAAAAUACAAAGGGAUUCAUGUAUAAAAACUUGAAGUGCCUCAUGAUUGAUGAAGCAGAUAGGAUAUUGGAGGCUAACUUUGAGGAAGAAAUGAAACAAAUUAUCAAGCUUCUACCAAAGAGUAGGCAAACUGCUUUAUUUUCAGCAACUCAAACUAAGAAGGUUGAAGAUCUUGCCCGCUUGUCAUUUCAGACUACUCCUGUCUAUGUUGAUGUGGAUGAUGGAAGAACUAAGGUCACAAAUGAAGGGUUGCAACAAGGCUAUUGUGUAGUGCCUAGUGCCAAGAGAUUUAUUCUUCUCUACUCAUUUCUGAAGAGGAAUUUGUCGAAGAAAGUGAUGGUCUUUUUCUCUUCAUGUAACUCGGUCAAGUUCCACUCUGAACUUCUAAGAUACAUUCAGGUUGAUUGCCUUGAUAUCCAUGGAAAACAAAAGCAACAGAAACGGACCUCUACCUUUUUUGAUUUCUGCAAAGCAGAGAAGGGGAUCUUGCUAUGUACUGAUGUUGCGGCUCGUGGACUUGAUAUUCCUGCUGUGGACUGGAUAGUGCAGUAUGAUCCUCCUGAUGAACCCAAGGAGUACAUUCAUAGGGUUGGCCGUACAGCCCGUGGAGAAGGUGCAAAAGGAAGUGCCUUGCUUUUUCUGAUUCCAGAAGAGCUGCAGUUUCUGCGCUAUCUGAAGGCUGCAAAAGUCCCUGUUAAAGAAUAUGAAUUUGAUGAUAAGAAGCUGGCAAAUGUUCAGUCUCAUCUGGAGAAGUUGGUGACAAACAACUAUUAUUUGAACAAAUCUGCUAAAGAUGCGUACCGGUCAUACAUACUGGCCUAUAAUUCACACUCUAUGAAAGACAUAUUUAAUGUCCAUCGUCUUGAUCUACAGGCGGUUGCAGCUUCAUUUUGCUUUUCUUGCCCACCAAAGGUGAAUCUGAACAUAGACAGCAAUGCUUCCAAAUUUAGAAAGAAAGCGAACAAAAGUAAAAAUCGGUUCAGUGAGAGCAACCCUUAUGGAAGGCAGAGUGAUGGAGAUGACAAACGGCAAUUUGUUAGACAUUAGGACUGAUCACAACUGUGUAACAGAUUUAGGUUUGUUAUUUUAUUUGCUUUAUGGUUAUUAUCGUGAGUGACUUGUGGUUUUCCACAGAAAUUUUGUGCAUGUACUAUAGAGCUGGCAAUUUUUAAUACAACUUGUUUACAAGACGCAA